GCACCGCUCUCCGCCUUGCGCUCGAGAUCUCAUCCGAUCCUCACCGCCCCCCACCCAUGCCGACUGAUCACGGCAGCAGCAGCGACGGCGGCCACCAGGCGCAAUGCCGGCGGAGGGGCGCCAGCGUCGACGUCGAGCUCCGCGCCGCCAUGGCGCUGGCCGACAUGGCGGGGGCCGGGGCCGGGGCGGCCGCCGACCACGCGCUCCCGGCGCAGCGCCUGCGCCACGCCGCCGCCCCAGCGGCCCAGGCGGCGAUGGAGCAGGAGGACGAGGAGCUGGCGAGCACGAGGCUGAGCCUUGAGCUGGGCAACGUCGGCAUCCAGUCCUCCCCUUGCUCCAGCAGCUCCAGCGGCGCCGGGCAGCAACCGCCGCAGUCGUCGGCGGCCGUGACGGGAUACGGCCUCAGCAGACCGCGGCACAUGCUCACCGAGGCGGAGAAGGAGGCGAAGCGGCUGCGGCGCGUGCUCGCGAACCGGGAGUCCGCCCGGCAAACCAUCCUCCGCCGCCAGGCGAUCCGGGACGAACUGGCGAGGAAAGUCGCGGAUUUAGCGUCGCAGAACGAGAACAUGAAGAAGGAGAAGGACAAGGUGCUGGAACAGUACCUCACGCUCAAGGAGACGAACAAGCAGCUGAAACAACAGGUGGCCAAGACGACCAAGAAGAAGCCGUCGUCUACACCAGCGAUCACGCCCAUGGACAUCGCGCCGCCGGCACAGAGCGCGGAGGCCACCCCGCCACAGACGCCGCCGCAGCCAAGCUUCCUGUACAGCGCGCCGCCGACGUCCAUGCCUGUGCCCUACGUCUGGGGCUCCUGGCCCCCGUGCGGGCCGGGGGUGUACGAGCAUGGCGGCAACCCGGCUGGCAUGGCGGGACACGCUCCGCCCCCGCUCUGCGUCCCGCCGGCCUGCGCGUGGUACUACCCCGUCGUCGCCGCUGCCACCGACCCCCGCGGCUCGCCCCCGGCCUACGUGCAGCCGUUCCAGGAGCCGACAGGCAGUGGCGGGACGGCCGGGGAGGACACCGACGACGACCCUUGCUCGCUGACCCUCGCCAUCGAUGCUGCCGACAAGAAGAGCCCCGCCGCCUGUCCCAACGCUUACCAAAGUGGCAGCGGCGUGGUGGGGGCAGUGGGGCUGCAGGUCGCGCUUAGCGGCAGAGAGAAGGCGGCGACGGCGGCGGAGGCGAGGAAGAGGCGGAAGGAGCUCACCAAGCUGAAGCAGAUGCACGCCGGAAGCCGCCAUGGCGCUGGCGAGCACUGGUGAGCGAGCUGCUAAUCAUGGCAGGUUACUAGGUGAUCGAGGACGCAUGCAUGCAUGGCACUACUGCCGCUGAGUCACUGACAAGGCAUCGGUGAUCAACUGAUGAUGACGAUUGGUUCCUUGGACGCAAGCAACAGCACUGAUAUUAGUACAGCUCCUACCAAUUUUUCUAAUGUUCUUAAUAUUUGCAUCGCGUUUGUCUAGGAACGUAGGUUUGCAUUUCAGUUACGCCCCAAGGCACUGAAGAAAUGUGUUCGGUUUUGGUUUGAGAUUCUUUGGUGCAAUCUGUAACCGGAUAAAUAACUAGUGGUCCGAUCAUGUAUAGCACCGGAGCUGUGCGUAAUGUAACGAUUCUUUACGUCCCA